GUAAGGAGAGUCAGCGGCCCGUGGCCCACGAGUGUUUAGGGGAGGUGCUUCGGAUUUUGCGCCAGGUCAUCAACACUUAUCCUCUGCUCAACACCGUCGAGAUCCUCACUGCUGCCGGCAAACUCAUAUCCAAGGUCAAAGGUUUCCACUAUGAGUCCUCUAACGAGGCUGAUAAAAAGGACUUUGAGAAGGCAAUUGAAACCAUUGCUGUCGCUUUUAGUAGCAAUGUGUCUGAACUGCUGAUGGGAGAGGUGGACAGCAGCACGUUGCUCUCCUUGCUGCCUACAGAGAAGAGCAGAUCCAUGGAGAACUUGUACACUGGUUCUGGCCAUGGAGGAGAUGGUGGACAUUACAGGAGCGACCUGCAGGACAUGGGUAGAGCUGAGGAAGUGGAUGUCAUCCUACAGCACAGCGAGGGAGGAGUGGACUCUGCUCUGCUCUACGCCAAAACCAUUUCCAAGUACAUGAAGGACCUGAUGUGCUACGUGGAAAAGAGAACUUCACUUGAGACCGAGUUCUCCAAAGGCCUCCAGAGAUUAUACCAGUCUUCCAAACACAGUAUUACACAUCCCCACAUGCCUCUUUUCUCCAUCUACUCUCUGGCUCUGGAGCAGGACCAGGAGCAGAGUGUGGGCCUGCAGCAGGCCAACAACACCCUGCACAACCAAACAUUCAUUCAGCCUCUGAUGCAGCGUAAACAGGAGCAUGAAAAGAGACGUAAGGAGAUCAAGGAACACUGGAUUCGAGCUAAAAGAAAAUUGAUGGAGUGUGAGGCAAACCUGCGGAAGGCCAAGCAAGCCUACAUAGCACGCUGCGAGGAGUACGACAAGGCUAAAACGGCAGCCUGCCGAGCUGAAGAGGAGGGAGGGGGAUCCACAGCGAAGUCUGUGGAGAAGAAGAAACGAGUGGAAGAAGAGGCUCGCAACAAGCUCUCAAAACAUAAUCGCCAGUUUUGUAACAAUUCUGCUCUUGUUGUCUGA